AUGGCUGCGGACCAACCUCCACGAGAUGUCAUCAUCAUUGGCAUCGACUUUGGAACUACGUUCUCAGGUGUCGCCUGGUCGUACUCCAAAGAGCCCGACAAUAUUGAGAUCGUGACCAGCUGGGAUGCGGAGCUUCAUUCUUGCUCCGAUAAAGACAAGGCGCCCUCCCAACUGUACUUCGAUGAGAAGAACAUGGAAGUCAAAUGGGGGUACUCGGUUCCUCUCAAUGCUGAACCUCUAAAGUGGUUCAAACUGUUCCUACUUGACACCAAAGACCUUCCAGCUGAAGUGGCCUCAUCAACUCACUUGCAGGAAGCUCUUCGAAUUCAGAACGAAACCAAAAAGAGUUCUGAUGAUAUCAUUUCGGCUUUCCUCCGUAAACUCUGGAACCACUCGAUGGAGUCCAUCCAAGAUGCUCUGGGUUCGGAUGUGGUGGAGCAGUCCAAGCUGCACGUUAUCAUCACCAUGCCAGCUAUUUGGCCCGCCUAUGCACAGAGUAGAAUGAGAGGAACUGUCCGGGCUUCAGGUAUCCUUGACUCGCGCCCAGCAGGCGCCACUAAUCUUCGCUUCAUCACUGAACCAGAGGCCGCUGCUCUCGCCACCCUCAAAGACGCUGCUAAACGAUCGACCAUCCAGGCUGAGGAUACUAUCGUUGUUUGCGAUGCGGGGGGUGGCACGGUUGACAUCAUCAGCUACAUGUUCGAAUCUACAGGCCCAUGCAGCGUCAAAGAAUGUGUGAAAGGCGACGGCGAUCUUUGUGGAGCGCUGUUCCUAGAUGAAGGAUUCGUCGAGCUCGUCAAGACCCAAAUCCCCGAUGGCACUUGGGACAUGGUCAAAAAGUCUGAUGAGAAGAAGUUUCUCAAUGAUCAAUGGGAGCACGGCAUCAAACACCAGUUCACUAAUCAACAGAAACUCUGGCUGGUCGAUCUUCCUGAUGUCUGCAACAAAAGUUCAUCCAAGGGCUUGAAAAGUCGCACAACUUUGGAGUUCACCUCUGGCGAGAUCUUGUCUGUCUUCUCCCCAAUCGUGAGCAAGAUUGAGGCCCUGGUGAAUCGGCAAGUCGAUGCUAUUCAACAGAAAUACGGCAAGGCACCCAAGUACAUCGUUCUUGUCGGAGGGUUUGGUCGCAGCCGAUAUCUCUUCAACCGCCUUCGGGACCGAUUCGAGCCAACUGUGCUGCAGUCACGCGGAACCAAACCAUGGACUGCUAUUUGUCGCGGUGCGGUCAUCCAAGGUCUUAUUCAACAGGGCCUCUCUACCACUUUGGGGAUGACUAUCGCAUCACGCGUCGCUCGGAUGAGUUACGGCAUCAAAUACAAAUGCACAUUCAUCGAAGGCAUACACGAUGCUUGUGACAAGGUUUGGGAUGAGAAAGAACUGGAAUACAAGGCCGACAACCAAAUGAGAUGGUUUCUCGAAGAGGGUGAAAACAUCUCCUCCAAACGGUCGGUUCACCAUAACUAUCACCGUUGCUACCCAAAGUCGAGCAGAAAGUUUCAGCGAGUUUCAAUCAAGAUCUUCUGCACGACAGAAUUUCCUCCGCCUCCAGUGUACCGUGCUUCGGGAUCUAUUCGACUACUUUGCACGGUCGACUGGAACAAGCAGAUCGAUAUCAACACCCUGCCCAGGUACACCAACCGCAAGCAAGAGACUUUCCCGAGGCUUUCCUAUCGGAUCCAGAUGGAUUGUGAAGAUGGGACUGUGAACUUCGCGGUCUACUACAAGAAUAAAAGAAUGGGCGCUCAUGAUGUUGAGGUUCAGUUCAACUAG